UUUACAGUGCAUGCCCACAACCAUCUCAGUUAGUCCGGCUGUUCCGGACAAACUGGUUGUGAAUGGUGUUGAUCUAGUUAACGAGGAUGAAUUGUCACCCUCCCAACAUAGGGAACUUCAACGCUAUAUUGAUGCAAACGCCCAUUUGCUAGGAUUUCUAGAUAAGGAGAAGGAACAGGAAGAGGAACUAAAGAAAAAGUAUCACGCCCAAGGAGAGCCUUGGAAUAUCCAUAGAUCGAACCCUAGUAAUGGACUCAGUGGUACAGGCAAAGGAGGGGCAAAGGGAGCAGGAGGAGGAGAUGGUCUUAGUGCCUAUGGCAAUGGACGGAAGCACCAACAAAAUGGCGGCACUUCUCCCUUCGAUGAUCUAUUAGAUUACCGUCCAACCUCAACUACACAAUCCCUAAGUAUCGGCACUCCAAUGUCACUUUCUGAUUAUUAUGGAGGGCCUGGGGGGAAACGGAAAGGUGUGAGUUGGUCAGAUGUGGUUGAUCCUGACCAUGCUAUUGCUGGGGAUGUGACUCCAACUACUACAACUGACACAACAAUGCCUGCAGCGAUGACUGCGAGAUCUUAUUCACCUAACUACUACCAGCAACAACACAGUGUCGGAGAUUAUUCCCCAACAAGGUAUAACAACGGCAGAGAUCCUUAUUCUGCCUCUGGAGCAGAAGGGGACAGAUAUGGCAAUCCAAAAAUGUUUGCACGUGAACACAGCCCCCAAGGAAGUGGUUAUUGGACGGGGAGUGGUUCCCCUUGGCCUGUUGGUACUUGGGAGCGUGGAAAUUGGGACAAAAGUAAAGACAAGCAGGCGAGAUGGCAGGACUUUCCAAAGACCGAUUUGCCAACAUACUCAGCAUUGCCACGAAGUAUGGAUGAUUUUAAUAGAUUUCAAUCACAUGAACACCGUGAGGAACAACUCAGAAAGAGCCAGGAACGUGAUGAGGCUGUUAAAUUUUAUGGGUAUGGAGAUCAUAGAGAUUCUGGGUUGGAAUUGAAACCGAAACGUUGGCAAGGAGGGGAGGCUGUUAACGAUCCAAAUAUUAUGAAAAAAUCGCUAAAACCUCGUCGUCUUUUCUACUCUCCUAUCGGCGAUGGAGUGGUGGAGGCUGACGGAAUAGAAAUGAAAUAUCCCCCAAGAGAUCUGACUCCACGUCGUUAUGUAUACCAUCAACGAUUUACAGAACAAGAUCCUGGUGCUCCAGGUAUACGUGUCAGCGAAAAAACAUGGCAUGAAGGAGGAGGAGAUGAUGGCCCGCAAGGUGCGACAUUCCGCAGUUGGCCACAAAGUCCAGAUACUGGGGAUGGUGAUAGAGGGGGACGUGGAGGAUCCCCUAGAGAUGCUGACGAUGAUGGGAGGGGUAAAGGAGGCCCACCGGUAAGAUGGCCGGUUGAUGAUUUGGAUGAUGGAAGAGGAAGGAAAAGGCCGAAUGAUGAUGGAGGAGAUGAUGGGAAGAGAGGAAAGGGGCCGGGAGAUGGACUUGAACCUCUAGGCAAGUUUCCACUGCUUGGUGAUGACGAUGGAAGACGCCCCAAAGGAGAUGAUUUUGAUGGAGGCAAGGGAAGAGGAGGGCCUGCUGGAGGAGUAGGCGACAAUGGAGGUAGAACGCCAAGAGAAGGAUGGCAAAUUGAAUUUAUAUCAAAUCCGCGUGAAUGCAUAAAUAUUUAUGGAACUGACACGAUCACUAAUAUUUUCGAUUUGGAGGAUCACACACCCAAAACAAUAACAACAAUAAAAGAAACAUAUUCCCCAGCACCUCCAGAUCUUCCUUUACAGUUGGAAGAUGAAGAAAAUAGGAGGGAAGGAAAGAAAUUUUGAAAUUAAAAUUUUAUUUUGGCCAAAUCUUACCUUUGUAUUUUUAAAUGCUAGAGAAGAGAGAGUAUUAAAGAAUGAGAGAGACACGAGAGAAAAUUUAUAAAAAUAAACUUUCCGGAAAAACCUAAAGAAAAUACAAAAUCAAUAACAAUUGUUUUAUAAGAAAAUACUUUCCGGAUUAAUAAAAACAAAUUUCCGGAAAAUACAAAUAAAU